CGACAAACGGCGGGGCGAUGUCCUUUAAUGUUUCAGAAUAUUCUAUCCCUUGGAUUGUUUUUUAUGCUUUUUGAUCAUUUAAACAGAUACAGCCAUGGAAAUAAGUACACACUGAUUUAAAAAUCAUUUUUAGAAUAGGUAUUCGUUACACCGAGUUUAAAGUGCUGAGUUUUCUACACCCUAAACGGGCCCUUUGGUUUUUAUCACGUCCAGUGUUUAAAAUGCAAAAUCAUUUGAGCUGUGAUUAAUUUAAUCGAUACAUUCCUGCAGUGUUUGCGUUACUCAAGACUGUGUAGAACGCCGCUCGUGUAGAGGAUUAAAACAGGAAUCGGACGGACGGACGUACCGUCAUGGCGGACCCUCCAGACUCCAACUCUGACCCCUUGAUGUGUGGACUGUGCCACAAACGAUACAAUGAUCCACGUAUUCUGGACUGUUUCCACACUUACUGCUGCGAGUGUUUGGAGAGACACGUACACAGCACCCACUCUAAAGUAUCCUUCCCAUGCCCGAUGUGUCAUAUGGACAUCCAUAUCCCCAAGGCAGGGGUCAAGGGACUUCACCAGAAUUUCUACGUCAGGGCCAUUCAAGCUAGUGCAGUGUUCUCAACAAACAGUAAGUGCGACUCCUGUAAAGAAAGCGAAAAGCAGGCUCACUCAAGAUGUCUGGAAUGUAAUAGUAAUAUGUGUAAGCCUUGCAUUUCCCGCCAUUCCAAAGCUAAUGAGACACGUGAUCAUCACGUGGUAGAGCUUUCGGCACCAGAUUCGAAAAGCGUUACAAAACUUACACAUAGGCAUUUCUGUGAAAAACACAACGAAGAAACGAUAUACUACUGUAUUUUGUGCGAAACUCCGAUUUGCAAAGACUGCGUCACAAAAGUUUCAGAACACAAGGGACAUCGUUACAAGAACAUUGUAGAGGGGGCAAAAGAGAAGAGAAAUAAAGUAAAGCCAAUGAUUCAGAGUAUGCACGAAUACCUCCCUUGCUUGCAAGACUACCUCCAUGAACUCAACUCAACCAAAAAGCUUUUGGGCGACUAUGCCGAACAAACCGUUCAAGAAAUCAAAACUCGCUAUAAGUACAUACAAGAAGAACUUCAAAAAAUCUGCAAUGCUUUGGUAGAAGGAGUGGAAGGAAAGGCAAAGAACGAAUUCAACAGAAUAGACACCCACACUAAAACCAUCGAAAAUACACUUCGUUCUGUAUCCACCAUUACAAAGUCAGCAGAAGAAGCAAUAAACCUCGGGAGUGACAGCGAGGUGGUACUGAUGUGUCAGAAGCUACAGAACAGGUUCAAACACGCUGAUAAGGAGAUUCCACAGGUAGGGCUGACACCCGCUGUCAGCAGUAACUUCCACGUUGGAGAAUCACACGGUUCUAAUCUAGAAGAGAUGUUUGGAUCAUGCGACACAACAGAUAUAAAGCUGCCCAUGUUGCCAAUUCCAUGGGGGCUGAGGAUAGCAUUGAACUUUGACGUGCAACUCAUGUACAGCUUCAAGGUUGCAAAUCACAUCGACACAAUACACGCUAUAGCACCACUUUCAGAGAGAGAAGCCUGGAUAUGCAACGGAUGGGGUACUCAGGAAAUGCAUCUUUACUCAAGAGAAGGAGAGAAACUCAGAACGGUUAAACUAGACAUUCAGAUCGAUGAUAUCAUUACCAAACCAAACGGCGACAUUUUAGUCUCUAGUUACGACGACAAGAAAAUUAUAAAGUUAGAUGGUGACCUGAAGCAAACAGACUUUGUAAAACUCGAUUUGUACCCUGGUGGGAUGACAUACACUAAACGAAAUGAGCUCCUCGUCUGCGCAGUCGACAGCUACGUAACCACAAGGAACUCAAACUCAAGACGCAUGAUCAUUCGCAUCAAUGAGGCGGGGAAAAUUAUAGACAUGCUGGAAGACGAUGGAUUCAGCGCCAUUUUUACCGCCCCUUAUCGUCUCCACGAAAAUAUGCUGGGAGAUAUCGUGGUGUCAGACCGAGAGGAAGCUGAGGUUCAUACGACCACAAUUACCCUCGAUGGUUUCGUAAAGAACAAAUAUGUUGGACAAAGGGAUUAUCGGAUGAAGAAGCCCUUUAAUCCAUUUGGCAUCGUGUCGGACAAACAUGGUCAUGUCCUAGUUGCAGACUGGAGCAAUCAUGCGAUACAUCUCUUGGAUUUAAGCGGACAGUUCAUCGGGUUUUUAAUUACCGAAAACUACGGAAUUCGUGGACCAAACGCAUUAGCACUAGACAAAGAAGGACACUUAUGGGUAGGGGACACAAAAUCAACGGUCUGGGUAUUCAAAUACGCCAGAAGGGUUGAGCAUAACAAUUAGUAGCUAAAAUAGUAUAUUACCUAGAUUAUUACUUGUACGGCCAAUAGUUGUAGACAUGUUUUUUAAAUUAAAAAUAAAAAAUAAAAAAAAUAUUACUGAGUUGUAUAUUAAAUCAAUGAUAUGAAAAUCAUUUUAUGUUUUUAUAAUUGUAUACACUAUGUGUAAGAGUGUACAAAUUAUGAAUAAAAUAACCUAAACUAC